GUUAUUAUGUUAUUUAUUUCAAAUGCUGUUGGAUGAAAUAAUACAUUUGUUUAUACUUUCAAGUUACAAAGAGAAUAAUGGAUAACAAUAACUAUUGUAAUCUGUCUGACAAAUUGCCCAACUUUAGUGACUCUCCCCACAUGCAGCUCACUCGGUCUUUCUACCUGGACCCCGUUGUCACUUUCCACCUCUGUCCAGAAGCCCCUGCCUCAUCCCCUUACUCUGAAGACCUGCCAGUGCUCCCUUUUGCAACUGACCAGUUGAUUGUGGAAAACUUGGGAAAUCCUUGUUCGUUCCCUUUUCAGAUGCCGUAUCCCUCUUAUGGAAGAUGUGACUACUCCUAUGGUCCAACAUUCAUCAGGAAAAGAAAUGAAAGGGAGAGACAGAGAGUCAAGUGUGUCAGUGAAGGUUAUGCCCAGCUUCGUCAUCACCUGCCUGAGGAAUAUCUGGAGAAGCGCCUCAGUAAAGUUGAAACCCUCCGAGCCGCCAUCAAGUACAUUAACUACCUGCAGUCUCUGCUUUACAGACAUGAAGUGGAAGGCAAGAAGAAGCCUGCGAAAGGUCAGGCUAUUGUGGCAACUACCAGUCACCAAAUGGACCCCAUUUUUGCAAUUGUGUAAAUAGGGCCAAAGUCUCAAGAAAUCGUUUCCUAAGGAUACAGUGUUUACAGAAUCAGACCAUGUCUCUCUCUCUCUUUUUUUUUUAAUAACUUUUUAUUGAUAGAACGCAUGCCAGGGUAAUUUUUUACAGCAUUAUCCCUUGCAUUCACUUCUGUUCUGAUUUUUCCCCUCCCUCCCUCCACCCCUUCCCCCAGAUGGCAAGCAGUCCUUUACAUGUUGAAUGGGUUGCAGUAUAUCCUAGAUACAAUAUAUGUUUGCAGAACCGAACAGUUCUCUUGUUGCACAGGGAGAAUUGGAUUCCCAGGGUAUAAAUAACCCGGGAAGAAAAACAAAAAUGCAAGCAGUUUAUAUUCAUUUCCCAGUGUUCUUUCUCUGGGUGUAGCUGCUUCUGUCCAUCUUUGAUCAAUUAAGGCUCUCUUUAUCGAAGAGAUCCACUUCCAUCAGAAUACAUCCUCAAACAGUAACGUUGUUGAGGUAUAUAAUGAUCUCCUGGUUCUGCUCAUUUCACUCAGCAUCCAGACCAUGUCUCUUAUGGAACUUUAUACUUUUCUUCUUAGGAUGCUAUUAUUAGAUACAAGUUUAGAGGUCAUUUACUUCAAUCCCCUGUCUGAAUCUUACCUUAUGUAGGAUGCCUGGUGAGGGGUCAUAAUAAAGAAUUUUUGUAAAAAAAUUAGUUCUGCAAAAUUGAUAUAUUUUUGAAAA